AUGGCAGACUCUCACCAAGCAAUUCGAAAUUCUUCCCUCAACCUCCCAACACCUCCUUGCGUACAAAAGGCUUUCAAUGCGCACUACUCUGGCAGCGCGCCACAUCAGCAAAACAACAGUAACAACGCCCAAACGGCCGGGCAAGACACUCCCUCCAUCAGUAAAGACAAUGAUAUUUCUGUCGCACCAAACAAUCUCCGACCUCCUGUGAGCACACCUGCCACACCAACCUCAUCGCGCCCUGCAACUCCUACAUUAUUGCCAGGCUUCGCCUCCACCGAUCUCCAUCCCACCGCACCAAAUCAACCACCACCACCUUCCCCUCCUCCUUACAAGACACCGUACGCCCAAAGCGAGCCAUUUCCAGCAGCUGGUACGCAGAUCCAGGCUCCAAGCCCAGUACACCCUCCAAGUACUUCUCACACUUACGCUCAACCUCGAUCUGCGGCCUCGACACCAGCUCCCAUGUAUUCUGACCCAGCUCUCCAGAGAGGUAUUUCUAGUACCCCAGGCUAUCUUGCCUACGCUCAACAGCUCCGACAGACAAACCCCGCCACUCAAUAUAAAGUCCGCAGCGGUCGUCUCUCACCAGUCUCACACGUCCGAAAUGCACUUAGCAUUGUCUCAGACACAGGUUACGUGCCACCAGAGCUACGACGCCUCUCAGGUGUCAUGGCCGGUAAUCCCAUGAUAAAUAGCGUCAAAGUGAUUCAGUACAUCGCAGAAGGUUAUGAAGAUGUCUGUGACAAGCUCGACGACCGCGAUGCCACGAUCCGGCAGCUUCGUGCUGAAAAGGCUCAGAUGCAGGCCGAGCACGCUCGCAAGACUCAACAUGCUGUCGACGAUGCUUUGAGAUUUUCUGUCAGACCUCAACCCCAGUCUACCGCACAACAUGUGGCGGAUCUAAAGAAUAGGGAUGACAAGAUCAAGGCAUUGGAGGCGUUUGUAAGUGACCAGGCUCAGAGAAUUACCAAUUGUGAGGCUGCGAGAGAUCAUGCACAGAACAUGCAACUGGACUUGAAGAACAAACAAGAACAGGAGAUGGCUGCUGAGAAGAAGCGAUCGGAGAAUUAUAGACAAGACUUAGCUACUGAGAAGGAUCGGUGUAAGAAACUUGCGGAAGAGUUGAGUGCUGCUCAAAACCACGCUCAACAAUGCCAAGACUUCAUUCAGACUCAAGCCAGCAAUCAGGACAACGGUAUUGGCCAAGAUCACGGACAUCCUCAGAUUCAAGGUGAGGGUCAGAUUUUCGGACAGGAUCAAGCGUUGCUUCAACCGCAGGGUUUUGGCCAAGGCUCGGAAGUUGAUUUUGAUAAAUUCUUUGCCUCGCUGCAUCCAGAGCAAGAACAACAUACUGGGUUCCACCACAAUGCCGAUUUCACACAACAAAGCCAGCAGAGCUUCGAUGACCAGCUCGGUUUUCUUCAGCAGCCAAGUAUGCCAGGUUUCCCAAGAGACCCGUUCUUUCCACAGACCAUGAGUUUCGGACAGGUUGGAGGAAACCAAGCUAAUGAAGAUCCGUUCACUAUGGGAGAUCAUUGCGGCAACCUGUUCCAGCAUGAGGAAUCUGCUCGCCGAGCCAGAACCGUUGAGCAGAGCUUUGGCUUGCAGAACAUGCCGUUUCAACAAGGUCUUCAAAGCUAUCAGACUAUGCGAGGUCAAGGUCAAGCACAGAAUCAACGCAACUCCUUGACUCCAGGUAGACACCAGAGAAUACAGAGCCAAGUUCAGCAGAGUCCAGCUAGUUUCCACUCAAUACCAGGUCAGAAUCAACACAGCCCACCACGACGCCAACAGACUCCCGGUCAGGCUCAGCGCAAUGCUAAGACUCCAGAUAGGGGACAAGCAAUGGAAGAUCAGCAGAGUCCACCAAGAAGCCAGGGUAGUCAAAAGCAAGGUCAACGCGCUGCCUCCAUGCCAAUUAGACAGCCAACUCCACAGCCAGCUAGAGGAAAGAGAGGCCAUCCAACGAAAAAUAGUGACCAGGUCUCUGCACAGCAGAACGCGAAUGUUCCGACAGCCCAGCAACUGGCAUCAGCAUACCAGAACAAUCACUACAGCACUCCUCAAGCAAACCAGGCUCUCGGUCCAGCUCGUCGCACAACGCAAACACGAGGUCCCCGCAAACCCUCGGCUGAGACCGAACAAAAUAUCUCCAAUCAUCAACUCUUCCCUCGGGGCAACCAAAGCGUCAAUCAGCAUGACGGACUCGGCUUGGACCUGGGCCACGAUGGAAGUCAUGAUAAUAUGCCGCUACAGCAAGGCAUCAAGCGUGGUGCUUCGAGUCUGGAUGAGCAACAGGAGGGAGAGGAGGGACAACCUGCAGCUGAGGUUAGAAAGGUCACUCUUGAUACUUUUCGGAGAACCUUGCGCCAGAGAAUUGAAAAUGGCGAGAUUAAGAUUAUGAAGAAUUAUCAGAGAAGUUUUUAGAGAGCGAGAGUUUUGAAGGGAGUGUGAUAAUGAAGAGCUGUGGGAGAAUUAUGAGGGAAGCGGGCGGGAC